GACAUGCGCCUGAGCCGCGCACUUUUACGCACCGUGACGCGCGGUUCUGUCUGACACCGGAGUCUCCGGUGAAACGAUCAAAGUCCAAGGUCCGGUCAGAUAUGAGCGCGCGCCCCUGACCCGCUGCGUCCAUCUCUCCAGUCCGCUCUUCAUGCGCCUUUACGCACGAUCCUCCCGCAGUGACGAGCCUGGGUUUGCGCUAAGAUGUCGUGUCUUUUACUGGGAGUGUUACGAAGACAUGGGGGCGUGGGGGCGAGCGUCGGGGUCCGAUCUCUGGCCUCCGUCCCCUCUCUCCCUCCGGCUGUGGCAGAGUUCGUGAAGGGCGCGGCGGAGGAGUGCAAACCGUCCGGCGUCCACGUGGUGACCGGGACCCCCGAGGAGACGGCCAACAUCCUGGCCGGGCUGGAGCAGGAGGGCAUGGUCAAGAAACUGCCCAAAUAUAAAAACUGCUGGUUGGCGCGCACAGACCCAAAGGACGUGGCUCGAGUUGAAAGUAAAACAGUGAUUGUGACCAAAAAGCAGCGGGACACCAUCCCCAUCCCGGCCGAGGGGGUCAAGAGUCAACUGGGCAACUGGAUGAGCGAGUCGGACUGGCACCGGGCCCGACAGGAGCGCUUCCCCGGGAGUAUGGCAGGUCGGACCAUGUAUGUAAUUCCCUUCAGCAUGGGUCCAGUGGGUUCACCUUUGACCAAAUAUGGAGUUCAGGUGACAGAUUCUCCGUAUGUAGUGGCCAGUAUGGGCAUCAUGACCCGAAUGGGAACGGCUGUUAUGAACCGAUUAUCAGAAGGGGAGGAGUUUGUGCGCUGCCAACACACUCUGGGACGACCACUACCUCUCAAAGCUCCUCUGGUGAACUCCUGGCCGUGUAACCCAGAGAAGGUGCUCAUCACCCACCUGCCCGACUCCCGGCAGAUCCUCUCCUUCGGCAGCGGAUACGGCGGAAACUCUCUGUUAGGGAAAAAGUGUUUUGCUCUUCGAAUCGCCUCUCGCAUCGCUAAAGAUGAGGGCUGGCUAGCGGAGCACAUGCUGAUUUUGGGCAUCACUAAUCCUCAGGGCGUGAAGCGGUACGUAGCUGCGGCGUUCCCCAGCGCCUGCGGGAAAACCAACCUGGCCAUGAUGAAGCCCGCUCUGCCCGGGUGGAAGGUGGAGUGCGUGGGGGACGACAUCGCGUGGAUGAAGUUUGACAGUCAAGGGAAACUCAGGGCCAUAAAUCCAGAGAACGGGUUUUUCGGCGUCGCUCCCGGGACCUCAGACAAAACGAACCCGUACGCCAUGGCAACCAUCUCCAAAAACACUGUGUUCACCAACGUGGGAGAGACCAGUGAUGGAGGAGUGUGGUGGGAGGGUCUGGACUAUCCACCAGAGGGCGUCACUCUCACAGACUGGCACGGGAACGCCUGGAAGAAAGGGAACCCGACCCCCUGCGCUCACCCCAACUCCCGUUUCUGCGCCCCGGCCGCUCAGUGCCCCAUCAUCGACCCGCAAUGGGAGAGCGAGGAGGGGGUCCCCAUCGACGCCAUCAUCUUUGGAGGACGGAGGCCAGAGGGAGUGCCUCUGGUUUACGAGUCCUUUAGUUGGAAACAUGGGGUGUUUGUCGGAGCAGCGAUGAGGUCUGAGGCCACGGCAGCAGCGGAGCAUAAAGGCAAGGUCAUCAUGCACGACCCCUUCGCCAUGAGACCGUUUUUCGGGUACAACUUUGGAGACUACCUCGCCCACUGGCUGAGCAUGGAGACCAGGAAAGCUCCCACUCAGCUGCCAAAGAUUUUCCACGUCAACUGGUUCAGGAAAGACCCCAGCGGCGCCUUCUUGUGGCCGGGAUUCGGAGAAAACGCCCGAGUGCUCGAGUGGAUCUUUAAACGCUGCGGCCGAGAGCGAGAGGACCAAGCUGCCAAGAAGAGCAUCAUCGGCUGGGUGCCAGAAGAGGGCGCCAUCGACACUACGGGCCUGGGCAGCGCGGUGGAUAUGGGGGCGCUUUUCGAUGUUCCCAAAUCCUUCUGGCAAAAGGAGACCAAAGAGCUGAGGGCGUACUUCUCGCAGCAGGUGGGGGCGGAUCUACCGGGGGAGGUGGAGGAGGAGCUGAGGCGGUUGGAGCAAAGAGUGCACGAUUAAAAACCUAAAAAAUGGAUUCAACGCGGUGCAAUCAGACCAUUGGGCUGUGUUGGCAAACAAAGGAGCAAAGGAAUGUCUAAGCUAGUUGAAAUGAUUUACAAUUAGAAUGUCCAUCUUUUCUUCAGGGUUGUUUUUAAUCUAAAUUUUAGCAGAUUUAGUAGAUUUUUUUUCUCAUUUCCAGCUAAAUCUCCAAGUACAGCAAGUGAAUUGUAUUUUAAAUCAAGCAAAAAGUUUUACUCCACUGGUAACGUUGGCCGAUAUUGACAAAAAUGAAUGUUUUUCAGGGUCAUCAGAUGAUAUUUUAGCAAUCCAUACACUUUAUAUCCACCUCCUUUUUCCUUUUGAAAGACUACACUAAAAGUUUAAGGAAUUUUUUUGUAUUUUUAAAUCAUCUCUGCUCUGAUUUUAAGAUACAUAUUUGAAUUUUACAGACAAAAACCCCAUACCUCGGUGUUCAAAAUGUAUCUAACGCACCUCGGCUCACCGUUAAAUCAUUUUGGUUGAGGAAAUAGACACAUUGAAAUAAGUUAAAACGUCUUAAAACAGAUGAUUUUUUUUUUUUUUUUUAAACUAAAUUCACUUUUAAACUAAACUAGUCACACUUUUCUAAACUCG